CAUAGGUGUGCAUGCGUGUGUGUGUUUGAAUGUGAGAGGUUGGGGGGAAACGAGCUGAGUGAGCGUCUCAUCGCAUAGAAGCUCGGAGCGCAUUAUCUUUCCCGUCAUCUCCGUCUGGGCGGUUGGUGCUGCGCCGUGCCAGGGAGACUGUUAAGAGAAGAUGCGUUGAUGCGAGCGGAUAUUCUCAGCAGCCGAGACUAAUUGGCGUGAUUCAUGUCCCCGUUGAGUGGCUGAGACCUAUUCAUAGCAGGGAAGGAGAGGAAAAGGGGAGUAAAGGAAAUAGAUCCGCACCCAGGAGUCUUUUGGAAAUUAUGGACUUCUGAACAGGACGAAAAAAGAGGAUUGCACGCCUGCAGGUCAAAGUUUCUUUUUGCUGUUGUGGGUUUAUUUUUCUUUCUUUGUUUCUUUUUUUUUCUUUCUUUCUUUUGCCGUGAUGGAAUGGCACACGGGGGAGAGAGGAUGAUGGACACAUUGGCACCACAGCUCUUGUCCAAAAAUCCUCCCGUUUCUAGCAGGCGCCGUGCUGAGCGAGCUCCUCAGGACGGUGAUCAGUCAUUGGUUUUGAAGAGGCAGGAAAAUCCUGCUCUUUGAUUGAAACGGGAGCGCAGGGGAUGGUGCGCGCAGCUAUUCCACAGAGACCAACGUGCGUGCUCAUCACAUUCCCGGUCAGAAGCAAGUCUUAAAGAGCUUCAUUCCUUGAGUCAUUUUCAUUCCUCUUCUCUGAACUUGUUGAGUAGCUUUAAAAAACACAGCCGGGACAGGGGUGGAGUAUACCCGGUCCAAGAGGGGCAACCAAGACAUCCCCAGAUCAUCGUCCGGGACAAGGACCAUGAUUGACAGCCAGGCGAGCUGAGGAGACCUGCCACUCAUCUUCCUAUCAGCGUGUCAGAGGGCUAUCUCAUUCUCGCCUCCCCCCAUCUUCCUCCUCCUUCCUCUUCCCUCCCUUAGUCCUCUCCUCUUAUCUUCUCAAUGGACCGGUAACCUCACCACCCCUCACAAAUAUCUACAUCUCCAGAAACUUGUAAGAAAGCAGAAAUAGAGAAAUACAUUACAACACUUCUUGGCUGAACCUUACUCCACCUGAAGGGAGUUUGACAUGCCUCCUCACUCCAUCUGAGUGGACGUAAGCUAAAGAAGAGCAAUCCUGUAUUUUUGCACCUUCAGAAGGAGACAAAGCUCCAUUUAAAGGGGCUGAGAAAGGACCAGACAUGCGUUUCCAUUUUGUGCUGACGCUGCAGGCAGUUUGGACUUGUAUUUGCCAGGCGGCCAUGCAGCACUACCCUGCAGCUUGGGGCCACUAUGAUGUGUGCAAGUCCCAGCUUUACUCAGACGAGGGUUUAACCUGGGACUACAUGGCGUGCCAACCGGAGGCAGCAGACAUGACCCACUACCUGAAGGUUACCCUGGAUCCCCCUAACAUCACCUGUGGAGACCCUCCAGAGACAUACUGUGCCCUGGAGAAUCCCUACAUGUGUAAUAAUGAAUGUGAUGCCAGCACUGAGGAGCUUGCGCAUCCUCCAGAGCUCAUGUUUGACAUGGAAGGACGCAACCCCACAACCUUCUGGCAGUCCUCGUCCUGGAAGAAGUACCCAAAGCCCCUUUUAGUCAACAUCACACUAUCUUGGAACAAGACCAUUGAGCUGACUGACGACAUCAUCAUCACCUUUGAAUCUGGCCGACCCGAGCAGAUGGUCCUGGAGAAAUCACUAGAUUAUGGACGUAGCUGGCAGCCAUACCAGUUCUAUGCCACUGACUGCCUGGAUGCCUUUACCAUGGAGCCCAAGACGGUGCAGGACCUAACUCAGCACACCCUGCUGGACAUUAUCUGCACUGAGGAGUAUUCUCGAGGCUAUGUGUGGAAGAAUGACAAAACGGUGCGCUUUGAGAUUAAGGACCGAUUUGCUCUGUUUGCUGGGCCCCGGCUUCACAACAUGGCUUCACUUUAUGGACAGCUGGACACAACCAAGAACCUGAGGGACUUCUUUACCAUUACCGAUCUGAGAAUCCGCUUGCUCCGGCCUGCCACAGGGGCAACAAUGGUGGAUGAAAGCAGCCUGUCUAGAUACUUCUAUGCCAUUUCCGACAUCAAAGUUCAGGGCAGGUGCAAGUGCAAUCUUCACGCCAACAGCUGCGUGUAUGACAAAGAGAAGCUGAGCUGCGAGUGCGAACACAACACCACCGGGCCCGACUGCGGCCGCUGCAAGAGGAACUACCAAGGGCGAGCAUGGAGUGCUGGCUCCUACCUGCCCAUCCCCAAGGGCACAGCUAAUAUCUGUAUUCCUAAUAACAUUGGUCCAGUUAACUGCGAAUGCUUCGGCCACUCCAACCGAUGCAGCUACAUCGAGCUGCUAAACACCGUCAUUUGCGUGAGCUGUAAGCACAACACUAGGGGCCAGCACUGCCAAGAAUGCAAGCUGGGCUACUACCGCAAUGCCUCAGCAGAACUGGACGAUGAAAAUGUGUGCAUAGAGUGUAAUUGUAAUCCCUUUGGCUCAGUCAGUGAUCGCUGUAAUGGCACAGGAUUUUGUAAAUGUAAGGAGGGCAUUACAGGGCCCAAGUGUCAGGAGUGUCCACCCGGCUAUUUGUGGGACGAUGGCUGCAAAUCCCGGGUGUGCGACAACGAGCUCCUGCGCUGCCAGAACGGCGGGGUGUGUGUUAACAACGUCCGCUGCAACUGUCCCGCGGCCUACACAGGCCUGCUGUGCGAGAAGCCCCGCUGUGAGUCGGAGCUGGGCGGCUGCAGGGGCCCAGAUUCAGGCCAGGUCCCCCUGACGCCUCCGUCCUUCUCCAGUAUGCUGACGCUGAUGCUGCUGGGCUCCACACUGCUCAAAGAGGCCUCCUGCUGGCCCGCCAUGCUCUGAACAGACCUCCUGCUUACUGGGAGUGACACGCCUCCCACCACCUUCACCUUAACCCUUCCGUGCCCCCACCCCCUCCCUUCCCAUUCUCUCCAAUCCUUUCAAAUAAUCAACAAUCAUUAAAAAAAAGAUGAGCUUUCUGGACUGUAAGUACUGAGCUUCUCCGCUGCCAGACUCGAUGAUGAUAAAGGGAAUGUGCCAGAAAAUUAGUGCAAAAACAUUAUAUUUAAUUUCAAAGAAUAUAUAAGAAAAAAAUUACAUAUACUUUAAAGAAUUUAAAUUAUUAUUAAAAGUAUGAGUAACUGAGUGUCUGCCUGAUAAGAAAGAACAGUGAAUCCCUCCCCUCUUCCUCCCUCCCCCUCUAAGCCAUACCAGGUACAUGAGCUCCUUCCAGUUUGAGAAGGGAUAACUCAAGAUGACAGACUUGUUCACUUUCUCUCUUAUUGCCACGGCAACAACAGCUGCAACCAAUCAGCUCUAGCACGAGCCGACAGUGGCCGCGGAUCCCCACGGGAUGCUUCUGCGAGUUAAUGUUUGCCGGACUGACGCUGAUGAUAAAAGAAAAGAAAAGGGGGAGGAAAAAAACAAACUAGGAACUGCCCCUGCUGAGCAGCAAAGAUGAAGCUGUUAAGACUUUAAUAGAGAGGUGAAAAGAAUAAACAAACCAGGACGCAUUCUUUGCUGUCAGUGCAUUGUGGAUAGAAGGAAAUCUGUCCGGACUGCCACAUUGUGACACAAACCCUCGCCCAUGUUGAUCCCUCUCAAUCUUUCUGUCUCUCUCCUUUCGAGCUCUAUCUCCUCCUCCCUCCUGUUCAGCCCUCCUUCCUCUGUCCCAUUUCCGAUCCUCACUUCGCUUCCACCUGUGCUUUCGUGAACGUUACUCUGUAAACCCUUGUUGGUUGAAAGAUUCUUUUGUCCAAUGUUAGUGAUGCACAUGUGUAAGAAGCCCCCUUCCCUUCCCUUCCCUCCUUCCCCCCUCCCUGGAAAAGAUACUCCAGUAAAUCUGUCUGAUUCUUUUUCUAUCUUAGAGCCGACUCGCUCCCUUUGAUCACGGUCAGAGGAUAGUUUUCACCUGAGCAGAUGGCAAGAGUGUAGAAAACCAUCAGUGUGUUUUUGCAAGUUCUUUCCUCUCCAGAGCAAACAGAGUAAAAGAGUCAUGUAGUCCUUUUGUAUCUCAGCAGAACUGUGAUUGAAAAAAGGCAACCUUUAAUGUAUCUGUUUGAGACAUCCAAAUGCAGAAGCAGCAGUUUCCUUCUCUUUUUAUUCUCAUUUAUUUCUAUCCAUUGCUGUUUUGUUGAUUAUUUUUAGUUGUGCAGUUGGUUUUCCUUUGUAUUGGCAACGUGCUGGCAUCAAAGAAUAUCAGUUUACAUAUACAGUAUUAAUAAAGUGUACUAAAAUCCCACCAAAGGACAUUAUAAAUGUUUUGUUCUUGCUUUAUCACUUGAGAAUUUAAGUGAAUAAAAGUCUAAAAAACAAACUGUGUUGAUUAUUUAUUAAUGCUAAUAAGUAGCUUGCAAAGCUACGUCAGCAUCACUCU